AUGUGGGCCAUGGUCGUUGAUGCCGCUCUCAGGUCGAUUUCGGAGGAUUCCAAGAUGUUGUCAAAUCUUUUUAUGCCAUCUCCCACAUUAACAGCAGCAAAGAAAGCCACAGAAGGCAAACAAGCUCUUGCAAUUGUAAUGGAUUAUCUGGAGCAUCUGGGACUGAAUUACACCCUGAAUGUACUCAAAAGAGAGGCGGGUUUGACGGAAAAUGCAUUCGAAGAUAAAGGAGCGAUUAUGCGUGCAUUGAAUGUUCCUGACACGACGGGUCCGAUCCUGAUGACACUGAUUCAAGGGGUGUGCAAUGAAGAUGGUGGCGAUAAACCAAAAGUUGAAAAUACAACUAUGGGUUCCACAACUAUUUCUCCAUCAUCCUCAAAGAUUACGGUGGCACCAAAGAAGGCAGAUAAUGGGGAGGACACCAAAUAUUUUAUAUCGAAGUGGACGGGACAAACUUUUUAUCGCUGCGGAGGACAGGUAAGUGGGCAACAAGUUCAAUUGGAAUAUCUUAACAAUUGCACUGUAUACAUCUUGGAUCCACUGGAUAGUAUUACCGUGGAUGAUUGUGAGAAUGGUGAGCUCAUUAUUGCCGCUUGUGAGGGAAGCGUAUUUCUGCGUAAUUGUAAGAAAAUGACCGUGUAUGUGGCUUGCAAACAGUUGCGGACUCGUGAUUGUGAGCACAUCGCGCUUCAUUUGUUCGCAUCGACUGACCCAGUUAUCGAGUCAAGUCAUCACAUGACAUUUAAACCCUUUAACUUACGUUUACCUGAACUUAAAAGCUGUUUUGAGUCAGCUCGCCUAGACCCAAAGGUGAAUCGUUUUGUGCAUGUGUAUGACUUCACGGAGGAUGACCAGGAGCUCCAAAGGCCUCAUUUUAAUGUUCUUUAUCCGAAUCACGGACUUCACAUGACCGAUCGUUGCAAGGAAAAGGGAAAACCCGAGUGCCCACCGGAAAUUGAAGAUCUUCUUGAGGGUCGAAUAGCCCCGGCAUCCAGUUCAGAAUCCGGAAAGAAUAAGAGUUAUAACAUAAAAACGGGUGCUCACAUUUGGAAAGAAGCAUCACCAGAUUCCAUUGAUAACGCGGAUGUUGGAAGAACGCCAGUCGUAAUUCUACCAACCUCGACAAACAAGCGGCCUCCACAAUCGGCACCAAUGGCGAACCCAACCUUUUCCAAUCAAAUAAAUCCUGCACUGGCAGGGAGGCGAGGGGGGUCGGAUGACUCAUAUUCUUCGUUUGACGAUGACGACAACGGUGACGAAGGCACGGAUGAUGACGAUAUCGAUGUGGAUGAAGAUAGCGAUGACUUUUAG